AUGGCUGGGCUGUUCGCAGUCACAGUGUGGUUUCAGCUGCUGGCUUUGAUAGCCGCUUCAACUAAGAUCUUGACAUGGGAAGAUCAGAAGUUACUCCAGGCCGGCGAUGCCGGGCACGCCAAGUCGAAUUGUCCAAAGAAUCGAGUCAUCCGCCAAAACAAUACCUUCUGUGACGCCGGAUCAACCCUUUGGACAGGGACCAUCGAGAUCGGGACAGAGGAUAGAAACAUGUUCUUCAUGUAUUUCGAAAGUCUCAAUGAGUCGGAAACAGAUCCCUUGAUCAUAUGGCUAAACGGAGGGCCUGGGGCGUCAUCUAUGGCCGGAGCAUUCUACGAGAUUGGCCCAUGCCUUGUGAAUUCAGAGAUCAAUACCACAUCUAGAAAUUUACUAAGCUGGACCGCCGUUGCUAAUAUGAUUUUCGUCGAUCAACCCAUCGGCGUGGGCUUUUCUCGCUCUGAUGACCCUGCCCUUUGGGCUAACAACCUUGCCGAAGCCGCAAUCGAUUUUGAAAGGUUCCUCAGCGGCUUAUUCGAUCUAUUUCCCCAUCUUGAUGACGGCAAGCGCGAAUUUCAUUUGGCGGGCGAAUCUUUCGCAGGCCAUUACAUCCCGCACUUCAUCUCCGCUAUGCGAUGGAAUCUGUCUUCUGUCAUCCUCGUUGAUCCAUACAUCGACUCGGCUGAGAGCGCGUUGGGGAUGGUUGGACGAAGUAACAACUUUUCUCAAUAG